AUGUCUCGUCUCAUCGUACGAGGCUUGCCUCCGCAUCUCACCGAUGCGAGGCUACGGGAGCACUUUUCUCAAAAGGGUGCCGUCACGGACGUCAAACUGAUGCGUCGACCCGACGGAACUUCAAGAAGAUUCGGUUUCGUAGGCUUUCGAUCUGACGAGGAAGCUCAGCAAGCUCUCGACUACUUCAACCGCACUUUCAUCGACACCUCCCGUAUCUCGAUCGAAUUUGCCAAACAGAUCGGCGACGAGGAGCUCACAAAGCAGCGAGAGGAACGUAAGAACAGACGCAACGCAGCAGCUGCAGCCACAACGCAGGACCCGUCUUCUGCUUCCACCAGCGAUGUCCGCAAGAGGAAAGUCGACAAGUUCGACGCCAAAGACGAGGGUGCGGGCAAGAAGAAGUCCAAAAAGGGCGGUGCCAUCUCGUUUGAAGAGUUUAUGUCCGUCAUGCAGCCUAAAGCCAAGCGCAAGGCAUGGCAGAACGAAGAUGCACUACCAGAACAAACCUUGCAAGAUAUCGUCGCACCCGUAGAAGCCAUCGAGAAGAAGGCCGCGAGAAAAGCGCAAAAGAAGGCCGACGCACAAGCUGCAGCGGCGGCUGAAGCAACAGCAGCGAACAAGAAUGCAUCGGAAGGGUCGGAACCGGAACCGGAACCAGACGCCACAGCGAACGACGUUGGCUUGACCGACGAAGAAUACAUGCGGCUUCGCAUGAAGCACAAGGUCGGCACUGACCUCGCUACCCUCGAAGAAGAGUCCUCGUCAGCUCCUCAAUUCGAACAGUCCGACGACGAAAAGGACAACGACGACGCAGCCGACUCGGACGCAGACUCGGACGACGAGCAGGUUCACGACGAAGAGUUUGAGCGCAAGCAGGCAGAGCUGCAAAGGAAGGCCGAGCGAGCAGCCGAGGAGGACCAGAAGCUCGUCGAUCAGAUCAUGGAGAGCGGCAGGCUCUUCAUCCGCAAUCUCCCCUUUGCCGCAAACGAGGGCGAGAUUCAGUCCUUCUUUGAGAGCUUUGGCACCGUCAAGCAGGUUCAUAUCCCGCUCGACAAGCAGACCAAAGCAUCAAAGGGUCUCGCCUUUGUAUCGUUCUCGGAUCCUGCCCAUGCGCUUGCUGCCUACCGCGCGAAAGAUGGCUCCACCUUUCAAGGUCGAUUGCUGCAUCUGCUGCCCGCCGUAAACAAGGAUGCCCCCGCAGACACGGACAGCAAGAAGGCCGCGACGCUCAAGCAGGCACGAGCGGAGCAGAAGAAGCAAGACGCCGCCAAGGACUUCAACUGGUCGAUGCUCUAUAUGUCGUCCGAUGCCGUCGCCUCGUCCAUCGCCGACCGCCUCGGCGUGGGCAAGGCUGACAUUCUCAAUCCCGGUGCCGAUGGAGGACCUGACAAUGCUGCAGUCCGCCUGGCGCUCGCCGAGACGCGCAUCAUCCAGGAGACCAAAGAGUUCUUCGAGCAGGAAGGCAUCAACGUCGAUGCGUUCGAUGGCAAGAGGAGCUCGAGAUCUGAUACGACGAUUCUGGUCAAGAACAUUCCCUACGGCACAUCGGUGGAAGAAGUGGAAAAGCUGUUUGCUGAGCACGGCGAGGUCGACAAGGUGCUCAUCCCACCCAGUGGCACUAUUGCCGUGGUUGAGAUGCCCGUCGUCGGCGAGGCUAAGCUCGCCUUCCGCGCCAUCGCGUACAAGCGGUUCAAAGGUGGGAUUCUCUACCUCGAGAAAGCACCGCUGGGUCUGCUCGCGCCGCGGAAGGCCGGGGAAAAGGUGGUCAAGCAGGCGCCCAUCGUCGGCAAGUCGAUCGACGCAGCUUCCAACCCGACUUCGAACAUCACCGCCACCGAUGCCACCAGCGCCGAAGACGAGGCGGUGGACGGUGCCACGCUCUACAUCAAGAACUUGUCCUUCUCCACCACGGACGAACGGCUCGCGUCGGCAUUCCACGGCCUGUCGGACUUCGCGUUUGCGCGCAUCCAGACCAAGCCGGACCCGCGCCGGCCUGGCGCUCGCCUGUCGAUGGGGUAUGGCUUUGUCGGGUUCAAAUCGGUCGAUGGCGCGCGGACGGCGCAAAAGGCGAUGGACGGCAAGGUGGUGGACGGGCAUACGCUGGUGGUGACGUUUGCGAGGCGCAACGCCGAGACGUCGACGAGUGCGUCCAGCUCAUUGUCUUCCGGUGGGUCGACCAAGAUCCUGAUCAAGAACUUGCCGUUCGAAGCGACAAAGAAGGACAUUCGCGACCUCUUCUCGUCCCAAGGGCAGCUCAAGUCGGUGCGUCUGCCCAAGAAGUUCGACAAUUCGACGCGCGGGUUCGGGUUCGUUGAGUAUACCACUGUGCGCGAGGCGCAGGCGGCGUUUGAAGCGCUCAAGCACACGCACUUGCUCGGUCGACACCUCGUAUUGCAGUGGAGCAAGACCGCCAAGGACGCUGGCGAAGAGGUCGAACUGCAGCGCUCCAAGACCAAGAGCGCAUUUGUCAAGGGCGGCGAUGAUGACGCGGCAAGGGGCGACAAGCGCACCAAGAUCAAGCUGAAUAGCGCCCAGAUCAGCGAGGCUGUGCGCAAGGCAAAGAGGCAGAGAGAUGAUGUUGAGGAUGAAGAGUAA